AUGUCUCGGAUUGCGAAGCGUCAUCCAGACCUGCUGUGCUGCAGCUUCAAUCAGGACUUCUCGUGUAUAGCCGUCGGGCACAAGAAGGGGUAUACCAUUCUCAACUGCGACCCUUUCGGCAAGGUCCAUUCGAAACCGGACCAUGGCGCGACAGCUAUCGUCGAGAUGCUGUUUUGCACCUCACUAGUUGCGCUCGUGGGAGGUGCUGAAAAUCAGCCGGUGAACUCACCUAGGAAGCUGCAGAUAGUCAAUACCAAGCGUCAAUCAACGAUAUGCGAGCUCAUCUUCCCCACUGCGGUGCUCAGCGUCAAGAUGAAUCGGAAGCGCCUCAUUGUGGUGCUCGAGACGGAGAUCUAUAUCUACGACAUCUCCACCAUGAAGCUUCUGCAUACCAUCGAGACUGGCCCAAAUCCGAAUGCUGUAUGCGCCCUGUCAUCAUCAUCCGAGCGAAGUUACCUCGCCUAUCCCUCUCCGGCACCCUCCGCUUCUUCCUCUCCCCUCACUUCCGGCGUCCCUCCCGCUCCUCCUGCACCAACCACAGGCGACGUUCUCCUCUUCGACACCAUCUCCCUCUCGGCCCUGAAUGUCAUUCAGGCGCACAAAACACCUAUCGCAGCUUUAUCGCUCAAUUCUACCGGCACCAUGCUCGCCACCGCAUCAGACAAGGGCACCGUCAUUCGCGUCUACUCGGUCCCGGAAGCAAAGAAGUUAUGGCAGUUCAGGAGGGGAACGAGCAGCGCCAGGAUAUGGAGCAUGAACUUCAACCUCACCUCGACGCUCUUGUCGGUCUCGUCCGACUCGUCGACCAUACACAUUUAUCGACUGCAGAAUCAGGCCGGUGGGAAUGGCUCAGCAUCAGCAGAAUCGAGUCUAGCAGCUCAAUUGCCCAGUCCGGUACCGGAGGACACGGCGUCGGAGACUGCGAGCGUCACCUCGCCACCACCGCACUCGGCGUCCGGGAGCGGCCCGACUAAGAGUCUGGGACGGAAGAGCUAUUUCCUGGGAAAGAGCCUGAUUGGCGGAGUGGGCGGAUAUAUGCCGAGAAGUAUGAGUGAGAUGUGGGAUCCAGAGCGGGAUUUUGCACAUAUCAAGCUGAGAGGGAAUCACGGGCGCACGGUCGUCGCGAUGAGCAGUACGGUACCCCAGGUCAUGGUCAUUUCCAGCGACGGUCUCUUCCAGGCGUAUAGCAUAGAUUUAGAGCACGGAGGAGAAUGCUCCUUGAUGAAGGAGUUUGCACUGCUAGGAAGCGAAGAUGCGAGUGGCGGUACCACCGGGGAGUAA